AUGGGCAAUGCAACUAAUAAGAGUAGCGCAAUCGUUAAACGCGAGAGACAGCCGGACUUAACCAGAUAUGAAGAAAAACCGAGCCGUAUGGACCCCGAGAGACGCGAAAUGAUGGCCCGAGUAAUGGAAACCUCGAUGGAAGAGGUUAUCACCAGUAAAGAAAUGGCAGAAGUGGUCACUCAUACUGUUGUCAAUGAAGUUGUGGUCAUAAAUGGCAACACAUAUGAGACUCGAGUGCCCAUUGAGGCCGACAUCGAAUUCAAUACCCACUUCCACGUUCUCUCUGAUAAUAUGGACUAUUUAACUGUAAAAAUCAUUGCUCCGUCGGGUGUCGUAUAUAGUACUACAAGUGACGAAAAUGCUGUAACAACCUUAGAUUUCACAGCAUUUAGAUUAUACUUAGAAUCGACUCAAUCUGGUCUAUGGAUUAUUAAACUAAUAAAAGAAACCUCAGAACCAGUUGUGGUAAAUGUAAUGGUCGAGUGCAUCCCUAUCGGCGCUCAAGCCAUUGAAUUGCAAGUAUUUGUGCGCGAACCGGAGGAUAAUUACCCGCCGUUAAUUACCUGCAAACUGUGUAAAGGCAAUGACCCGAUAGUCGGCGCUAUAGUGACGGCAACAGUGGACAGACCGGGCGGUACUCAGACUGACAUCCCGUUAAACUUGUAUCACAACUCUGGCUAUUAUUACGCAUAUUUUACCGACUAUAGCGGCGCCGGCAGAUAUAAUGUUAGCGCACUGGCGGUUAAUGAUGGCAAAAAUACGACUUACCAUGGCGCACCCAUCGGGCAAUUCCGUCGACAAUUGAUGGCCAAUAGUUUUCAAGUAAUGGCCGACUCUAUGUCAACCAAUACGCCACCCGACGACCGCUUUAAUAAACAUUUGCUUAGCAGAGAGUUAAGUCAACAAAAAAAGAUUAUUGAAACUGUGCCAAAACGUGUGUCGUUUUUAAGCGAUCAAAUGAAAGUACUUAAAGCUAAACUGGCGACUAAUUAUAUACGGACAAAGCGGGCUGUCAGAGGAUUACAGUUGCAAAAUGAAGAAAAAUCAGAUCUGGUCAUGCAAUUGAUGAAUAUCAAGCUCAGUUGGUUUUGA